UUAAACUUGUUGUUUUGUUUUUGUUAUUUAAAAAUUUUAAUAGAGAGAAAAAGUAGCUACAAUUUCAAUAAAUCUUUAGAUUACUGGAAAUCUAGAAGGAAAAAUCAACUUUUAAGUUCGAGAAAUUUUCCAAAUUAACUUAUCGCAGCAUAUUGGGCUUAUAAUCUGUUUAUAAGCAUCAAUCAUGUCAAUAAGAUUAUUAACUCGAUUUUUCAAAAAUGGAAGAAGCCUUUUGUUUACAAAUAGAAGACAUAUUUACCAGUCAAGAGCCGUACAGAACUUAGCAAUUCGAAAGAAACCACUGCAGGAUCCAAUUCUGGCUGACUUAAAUGUUGCAAGAGAACAAAAUAGUUUCACAAGAUUCAGUCGACGAUUGCUGGUUGAUAACGUUCUAAAUCGCGUAACAAGCCCCAAAUCAUAUCUUUUGAGAGCUGAAGCUACAAAAAAAUUUGCUUUUGGUGAUAGCUUGCCAUUCCUUUCACUUGUUGGAUGUAGUUUGGCUAGUGGCAAUGGAUUGAUUACUAAGGAAGACGAAUUAGAGAGCAUUUGUUGGGAAAUUAGAGAAGCUGUUGUUAAGUAUCAAAGUAGAUUAGAAGAUAAAGUCACAGACACAAGGUUGAAUGAGGAUUUACAACUAAGUGAUUUAGACAUCGGUCCACCCUUAGCUAAAGGAUGUUCGGCUGUUGUUUAUAGUGCUAAUUUUAAAAAUGCGAACGGAAAAGAAGAAAAGACAAAAGAAAGUGAAAGUUUAAUGAACAGGAACGAAAACGAUACUUGGAAAACUGAUAUUGAGCACGAUGGAAACGUCAACUUAUUUUCGUCUUCAAAGAGUUUGUCCGAGAUUGUUCAGAAUAUUAAUGGGAGCUUUGAUAAUUUAUCUGUCCCUUCUUCAUCAAAUAUUAAUGCAACAACAAAGGAUUCUUCAGAAAAGACCAGUAAAAUUAGUCGCGUAGUGAAAUUUAACAGUAAAGUUACGGAGUAUAUUAAUGAGGGACACGAUCUUUCUGAUGAUGAAUUUAAAAUGACUGCAAAUUCUAGUGAAAUUGUAGACUCUUCAAUAUAUACUUAUCCUUGGGCAUUAAAGAUGAUGUUCAACUAUGAUAUUCAAAGCAAUGCUAUGGCAAUAUUAAAGGCAAUGUAUAAGGAAACAAUUCCGGCUAGAAAUCGUUUAAAUAGAAACGACAUUGGAAACUGGGAGAAUCAUAUUGCUGAGCAAACAAUUAUCCUUCCACCUCAUCCUAAUUUAGUUCUAAUGCCUACCUUCUUUUGUGAUAAUAUACCAGAAUUGCAAUGCUCUCAAACACUUUAUCCAAAUGCUUUACCCGCAAGACUAAAUCCUAGUAGUGGAUAUGGCCGUAACAUGAGCUUAUUUUUAUUAAUGAAGAGAUAUAACUGUAGUUUGAGAGAAUAUUUAGAUGAGUAUAGUGAUUUAUCGACUAGAACGAGAAUCAUCCUGUUGGCACAAUUACUUGAAGCAGUCGCACACAUUAAUAAUUUUCAAAUAGCACAUCGAGACUUGAAAAGUGAUAAUAUUUUAAUUGAUACUGCAUCAGACUCUUUGCCUUUACUCGUUUUAUCUGAUUUCGGAUGCUGUUUGGCUGACAAAAGUCAUGGACUUCGAUUGCCAUAUCAAUCGAAUGAAAUUGACAAAGGAGGAAAUAUACAAUUAAUGGCACCAGAAAUCGUUUUGAAACAGCCUAGUAUGUUUGCCAUAUUAGAUUAUACAAAGUCGGAUUUGUGGGCUUGUGGAACAAUUGCUUAUGAAAUAUUUGGCUAUACAAACCCUUUUUAUAAUGAUCUGUCAACAAACACGAAAGCAUUGCGUAAUAUGGAUUAUGAUGAAUCUAUGCUUCCUGAAUUAACAAAUGAGGAAAUUCCAGCGGUAGUUAAAAAGCUGAUAGAAAAUAUUCUCCAACGAAGUCCUAGAAUGAGAUUAAAUUGUGAUGUAGCUGCUAAUGUCCUUGAAUUAUAUUUGUGGGCACCAUCUUCAUGGAUUAAAUACAAAAGGAUUCCAACAAAUAAUGAGAUCUUAGAAUGGCUUUUAAGUUUGACAACUAAAAUUCUCUGUGAAAGAGGAUUAGGAGCUGUAAAUGAAAAGUUUAUGGCAAAAAAUCGCAGAACGUAUACUGAAUAUGUGUUAAUUUCAACAUUUUUAUCUCGUGCGAAAUUACAGAAUAUUCGCAAAGCUUUAUCAUUUAUCCAAUCAGUUUGAGUACUCCUUUUUUUAUUUAUCAUAAAUCUUAAUUAAAUUAUAUAUUAUAUAAAAGUCCAACA